GUCAACUGGAUGUGCAGCUUCAUUCUUGAGCGUGUAGAUUGAUGUAAAUAACAAUGAGUUUACAGUUUUGAAAAUGUUAUUUCGGUGGUUAACAAAGAUUUGUCUGGGAGGCCAGAUUAUUUUGCCUGUGAAAUAGUGGAAACUUGUCUCCAAUUCUUGAGUGCUUUUCAUCAGAUGUAACAAUUAGUGACAGAAAAUGUCAAUCCAAAAUCUUCGAGAUCUGCUUAACUCACUUGGAUCCAGUGACUUCACCGCAGAGUCCUUCGUAAGCUGUUUCAAUGAACUGCAAGAACUAAGCAUUAAGAACAUCAAACUGCCGGAUGACGUCAAAAUAUCACUGAUCUACCACCAGCAACGCUUCAUGGUGAGGAACCUCGCCCAAAAUUCUCAACCCAAAGCUGACGAAGAAGACCUGCUCAAGUCAAUCGACCGGCUCAUCGAUGCGUUCGAAGCACUCAAGCUGAAUGCGAAUGACGUACUUGACGUCGAUGACGAAACGCUGCUGAGAAUGAAGCUGAUUUUGGGUGAAUUAUGCUUGCUGAGAGAUAGUGAACGAUUGGCGUUGAUUCCUCUGGAAGAGAUGGCGUUCUGUGUGACGUUGUUCAUUUUGGUGUUCAAGGAGAAGGAAGAAUAUCGUGCAUUUAGGCUAAUACUGAAUAGAGUUAAUGUUACGAAAUUUCUUAGAGCGAUAGUGUCAAGUUUGCAGGAUUACAGAAAGGGAAAAUUUGAAGCAAAUGCACGCAGAAAAGUGUUCAAAAAGUUAGUAAAAAUUUACAGAGUUGUUCAUAAGCUUCACAUUUUGUACAGCAUAAAAAAGAACAUAUCAGCACUUGUGGAUCAUAACACAAAUGAAAACACAAAAUUAGUUGCAUUGUAUGUUAUGUUAGAAAAAGUCAAACAAAAUAGGAAAUAUUUUGAAGAACCAAUCAAUAUUUACAAGCUGUUAGAACCUUGUUUUGAAAAAUAUGAAUUUAUGUCAAAACGAUUAAAAAUGUUUGAGACAAUUUCCAACAUAAUCAUAAUUUUUCAAGUCAACACAGUUUUAAAGCAUUUUCUCAACGCAGCUAGAAGUUGUCAAACAACCAAGGAGCUGCGAUCACUUUUCCGUUACGUAGAAAAUUUGGACCUUGUUCGACAAGGAUUGACUAAUUUGCACGAUCAAAUAGUGAUAUUUUUAAAAGGUUCAGAAACUGCCUCACGGUUGGGAUCGUCAUCCAAUCUCCGAUCUUUGAAGUGCUUAACAGAGCUAAAUGUACCACAUUUUAAUCGAUUGCUCUACGAUGAAAAUUUUGAACUAAAUAUUGAGCAUUUUGUUAAUGUUGUUGAUGCAUAUUUUGUUGAAAUUAACACAAACCAAGUUAAGAAUAUUGUUAAAGAAAUUUGGCGAUCACUGAAAAAUGAAAUUAGUUUUGAUAAACCUAUAGAAUCUGAUUUAGCUUCCCCAAAUUGGAGUGAAUCUCUAUCAAUAGAUUAAAAUACUUCUUCAGUCACAAAUCUAAAGAAAAGUCUAGAUUUUGUUGUAGCAAAUAUUCAAUCUGUUCUCACCGACAAUAACAUUAUGACAACUGGUUCAAUCAUUAAAAAUCAUUCUAAAAUUCCUAAUGCACUUUGCGUGGCUGUAAGGUAUUGGAUUGAACGUUAUUUUAAAACAUUGAAUGGCUUUGGUUUAUGUUUCAGCUGCCACAAUCUUGAUUUUCUUAGCAAUUAUGACAUAGAAUUCAACUCAGUCAUAAACCUUCUUGUAAUGGCGCUUGUCCUAACGGAAACAUCAUUUGAGGAACUAUUAUCAAGCUCGUAUUGUGACAGUUUAGGAUUGCUUAAAGAUUUAGAAAUAUUUGGCUUGAAUUUAGUUCAAGAACAGAAAGAUUUGUUGAAAUCGGUUAGGAAUUUGGACAUCUCAACAAUUGAUACUUUCAAAUGUGAAGACUUGCAGCGAUCUUAUUUGCUGUGUUUAGAACAUGCCAAAGGUCCCAAUUAUUACACCUUGGAGACCAUCUUGGGCUAUACUUUCGCAGAGAAUUCUAUAAUGCUUGAUAAAUUAGGUAAAUUUUCAGACACGUUUACUUCAAAGGACUUCAAAUUAAGUAUUGCUUUAGGCCUUAAUAACUUUUCUGAAGCACUUACUCUGUGUCCACAAGAUAUCAUCUCUUUCGACGAAAGAAUGUUUGCUUGGAACGAUCUGAUAGAUGCUCUGGUUGAUUCUGGAGUUGAUCCAACUAAUUGGAAUUUAGAAACUUUUUCGUUCGUCGUUGAAAAACUAGUCAGAUAUGGAAACAGUGGAUCUCUGGAAAGACUUUGUUGCUUUCGUGCCGUACCAGAUAUUAUAACGAAAGCAAUUUCAACAGGAGAUGAUUCACUAGUAUUGAAAGUGUUUGGAGAUGGUCCUCAGAAAGUUGAUGAUGGCAGUUUGAAGGAUGCCAUCAAAUUUCAUUUGAAUGAUUCAGUUUUAUCAAUUUUGGAUAAAUUGAAUGAAAAUCAACUUGAAUUUAUCUUGCUUGAAUCUAUUAGACUAAAAAAUGAUCGACUUUUUGAAGCAAUUAUUAAAAUCAAACCAACCUGCCUUCCAAAAGCAUUUGAAGCAGCUGUUUACCACAAUCGAAUUCGAAUUGUUCGAAAACUUUUGCAUAGUUCAAUUGAUUCAUCAGUAGUUAGUAGAGCCCUCUACAGUGCCAUGCAGCACAAACGGUGGAAAAUUGCAAAAUUUCUUCUCAAUAACAGCCAAGCUGAUCCCACCAUUCGAUUCCAUCCGGAAUACCUUGAAUUUGAAAUUCCAAUAGAAACAGCUUUUCAAGGGACUGUCGCCGCUGGAAAGUUGGGCCUUUUGAGAAUGUGCCCAAUCGAUGCUGAACUAAAUUGGGACUUGUCCCUAAUCACCCUUGCGGCGUCAACAGUAUCAGUAGAUUUGAUAAGAUGCUUGGUUAAGCUGGGAUUCAACGUGGCUUUUGAACCCGAAGUUAUUCCGUGCAUUAUAGCAAUUGGUUACACAAAGAUUUGGAAGGAUACCAUUGCUAGUUUGGAGUUGCGUCCUUGGGAUGGACCAAACGCGGAUCUUACCAAUUUGUACUUUCAAAUUGAGCAGUGGAAAGUUCUUAUGCACCUUGAGAAGAUCUUCUACUGCGAAGUGUUUCAACAAUCUGCAAAUUUCAAAUUGAUGAGUUCUGUAGCAAGACGGAUCAAGCUGUACAAAACAUUUCAAGAGGAGUUGGUUAUCAAAAAAGUCGAUUCUCAAAUAGGAUUGUUUUCAAACAUUCAGCAAUAUCUCAAACAGCAAAAUCAAACAAUAAUUCAGAAGCAUAAAACGUUUCAUUUUUUCGGAAGUUUGGAACAGCAAUACGCUUUCUGUGACUUAAAGUUUUAUAUUACAUCCGACAUUGAUGACGAAAAUUUGUGUGAAGAAAUUGAAAGUCUCGAAGAAACCAACAUCACUAGUUCAUUAAUUAUAGAUAAAAUCAGUGAAUUGUUUAAUUUAUCUGAGAAACGUUGUUUGCUCAUUUUCAAUAUAAACAUUUUUCGUGAAGACAUUCUAUGUUCUCGGUCGAUCAAUUUUCUGUUGGGUUCCACAUUUUUUACAGUUGAAGUCCACCCCCAAAAAACAGUUCCUUUUUUCAAUGUCCAGAAUUUAGAGCAAAAAGUUCGAGGACUACUUGAUGUAAUUGCAAACGAAACCCCUUUCCAGUUGGCAAUCAAUUCUGGUGAUGUUCCUUCACUGGCUCACCUAUUGAGAGGCAAAAAGGCUGAAGAAUUUGUCGGACUCAACUUCGACUUGUUCCACAAAAUAGUUGAUUUCAAAGGAAAGGAACAGAAAUCCAUGGCAGUGAUGCUGCUUGAAGUUGGUCUCAAAAGCUGGACGCUGAAUCCAAAUUGGGUUUGUUCGAUAUUAAACUACGCUAUGUCCAAAGAUUGCUUAGAACUUGCUCAGCUGAUUCUGUCCUACGACUGCUUUGGACGAACGACUGAUGAAGAGUUCGAAAAGGUCAUCAAUUACGGGUCAAUUGAAAUUUAUGAAAUGUUUCUAAGCAUGGUUCCCUACAAUGAAGUUGAAAUUUUCAAAAACGUUUCAAAUGCCCUACAAAGUUUGAGCUGUAAGGAGGUUGAAAUUGGGGAAGAAUUGCAAACCUACCUGCAAUAUCAACUUGCUGAUUUCGGAUUUAAACAUCUCUGCGCUGAUCCAAAAACUCCCAAAAAUUAUGGAGAGUGGCUAAAAUCAAUCGAGUUCAUUGUAGAGUGGACAAAUCAGUUAUCAACUAGAGAAGAUUCGAAUAGUUAUUUGGGAAUCGACAACGAAGUUCUGUUUCGCCUAAGGAUGAUUCACAAUCAACUUUACUUGAUUAAAGAUAAUGUCCAGUUGAGGAAAAUUCCCAUCAUGGAGGUGACCAUUCUGUUGGCUGUUUUCCUUAAAAUAUUCAAAGAAAAAGAAUUCGAUAUGUACCGAAUGGUAAUCAACAAACCUUUAUUGAUAAAGUUUUUAACAUCAAUUUCAAACAAUUUAAAUGCAUUUCAAGACGAAUUCAAGAGAGUAACCUCUGCAAUGAACUCAAUAAUGACAAGUCUGAAGAGUCGGGCUCGUCAAAAUUUGGAACCCGUUUGGACAUCUGAUUCUUCUAUGCCAACCUUAAGUGACAACAUUUGGAACAGGUUGAGUUCAAAAAAGUUCAAAGAUGUUCCUUUUAGUGCCAUAAUUGGUGAAGUAUUUUGCACUGAUUUUAUCGAUUUCACUUAUCCAAAUAAAUCGCGCAAAACAUUCGCGAAAAUCAAAGAAAUAUUUUUUCGUGUUAAGCAGAUGUACUCCCUUUACAAAAUUGCAAAAUCGCUAGAUUUUAGUCAAUCGCUCAUUUUAUCCCACAAACAAACCGCAGAAAUCUUGCAGGAUCAGUCCGGCAGGAAGGAAGGCUACGUCGCCGUCAUAAAGCGAUUCACGCAAAUUUUUGGUGAGUGCAUUAAAGCUACAACAAAUACGCCAAACAUCCCGAAAAAGAUCGGCCGGAUUUUGGAAACGAUGCUGUGGUCUGAAGUUGAGCAGAACAAGACAACCAGGGAUGUGACUUGCCACAAGUUUCCGUUGAUUAAGACAUUUUUCACCGCGCGGGAUUUGUUUUUGUACUACACCAAUACACCGAAGUAUAUGUCGAACGUGGGAAUUGCGGUGAAAAUUUUGAUUGUAUUUACUUGUUUUGAAUAUUUUCGAUGGUAUUUCGAUUCUUUGCUGCGAAUAUCAUCAUUGAAAACUCUUCGUGAUUUUAUUUGCUUUGUUGGGGAUCAAAAAGUGUUAAUAAAACUGCAAACAAAAUUAUUUGCUGAUGUCAAGAAUUUUCAUGAAGCUAAUGAGUCAGCUAUUGAUGUAAAACUACGAGGAAAUUGUACAGUUGAGAUUCGAGAUCUUCUCCAGCGAACAAAGACAAAUUAUUCAAAACGAAUCGCAGUUCUUAGUUGCCUUGAAAGGAUGAAAAUUUCAAACUUUUUCUACGAUUUUGACGUAUUUCAAGCUGUGGCAUAUGCCAGCGAUAGCAUCCAAAUUUGCCACAGAAUGAUCGAGAUGAACUUUGCCAAAAGUAGAAUAAGCAACGAUUCGUUUUUCCAACUUUUAACCGACAACUGGAAGAUUUUGCGGUACGAGGCCGGCUGGUUGGUUUCGGAACAAAUGAUCGAUUUGGACAUGAUUUCGAUGGGGUCUGCGCAGAGGAUAUUCGACAUCGAUAAUAAGCUAGUGCAGGAGUACUAUUGCAGGGAGGAAGUUGAACAAAUUUGUGAUUUUCUGCUCGAAGAGAGUGAGGUUUUGUUGCAAGAAAAAUCCAAGUUGGAAGCAGCGCUUUUCUUGAAAUUGAACAAGAUUUACUUCAAAGACAUCUUUCUGAUUGAUUCAAAAUACGACGCCAUUGACAAAGUGAUGCCGAAGAAGAAUGUUCCUAACUUGGUAAAGAAAAUUAAGGAGAUGCGAAAAAAAGAUCAAAAAGAACUCAAACAGUUAACUCAAAAUUUCCAAAAUUUCAUCAAACAACUUUUGAGAAAACACAAUUGCGAAACAAUCCACAAACUAACCAGAAACUUCAAAAACAUUCCAACAGAAAGCGUCCUGGCGAUUGAGUUUUGGAUGCUCGAACUGAGUGAAAUUCUGGUUUCAACCAAACACUUUCAGGACAAUUUUCACACCAUCAAGGGGGACGUUCAGAUGAUUUGUGGGCGGAACUUUCGAAACUACCUGGCGCACGAUGGCAUUUCGUACGAUUUGCUGACCAACAGUUCACGCGUUAAGGUGCUUGUUAAUGCGCUGGUUAUGGCCGAAAUUGAUUGGCAACUGUUUGGAGAUCGAGAAAAAUUUGAUCUUCCCGAUGUUGAAGAUGUUAAGGUUGAAGGGCUUUCACAUGUUAGAACACAGGAAAGUCUGAAAGGGUCUCUUUUGGGCCAAGAUGAAGCUGGAAUCGAAUGCUCUUUAAGUCGAGGUGGAUUGCUAUCGGCGAAAUAUUGGAUGAAUCUUAAUAGUGAACUCCAACAGCUAAGAUUACCUGAUUUAUGGCAUUACAUUAAUGAUGCAAUGAAACCUCGUCACAAAGUGAGCUUAAUUUUGAAAAAUUUUAACCAGGAAAAUAAUUGUUUUUCUAACAUAAAAUUGCUAAAUGCAAUUAGAAAGGAUCAGUUCGAGCAUGCCCUUGCAACCUCCGGUGAAGAUUCAUGGAGUUCAUUCUUCGAAUCUUCCAAAUUAUCUGUCAGUGUUUGGAGAUUCAUGGGAAGAUUGAUCAAAUACUUGAGUCAACAAGAUGACAUUUCUGAAAUUUUGGAUCUCCUAAACGACUUUGGCUCAAAAUUUGAAACUAUUUUAAUGCUAAUUGGUUCUCAUGAGCUUAGAAACAUCAUUCUGACUGUAAAUCCUUCUAAGUUGAAACAUUCAGAAGUUCACGCAAUCGUUCGAAGUAAUUCUUUAAAGGACUUACAAAACAUUGAUUUUCUUUUCAAUAGUUCUGAAACAAUGACAGCAGAUUUGGUGACUUUACUUCAAAACACAGUUUCCUGCAGCAACUUGUUUGCAUUCAAAUUUAUGAUCGAAAACUUCAAGUUUAAUACUCGUGAGGACGCCGAGGAAACAUUUCUCUAUUGCGUGAUAUCAGGUCGAACAAAAAUGGUUCAAACUUUGAUGGAAAGUAACUUCGGAAAAGUGUUCAAUUUGGAACGAGCCCUUCAGGUGGCAGCCUCUCAUCGUAAAUGGACUUUGGUGAAGUAUUUUCUUAGCAGAGGUGCAAAUUUGAUUCAAAUUGAUGAUUUAAGGAAAAUUGGCCGAACAGUUUUUGGAUGUUUGAAGUAUUUUAAGCAAUUUCCAAUAGAUUUGCCUGAAGGAUACCACUUGCACGUUGAAUUGCCAAAUGUUUCGAAAUUUUCACUUGCAGAUUUUGAACUUUUAUUAAAGUCUGGUUACAACAUUUUGCGUUACCAGCCAUUUUUCCGAUAUGUUAUGAAAUCAGAUGAUGAGGGAGUACUUGCUCUUGUUGAAAAACAUAUAUUUAACUACAAAACUGCAACCUUGUACGAUUCAAAUCUUUCUGAAUGGCAGCGAAACGUGCACGAAUGCAAAAUAUUGAAUUACCUGACAAUCGAUUUGCUCGGUCUAUGCUUGAAAAACAAGGUUGACUUCUUUUACAGAAUUGUAGAACGAAUCAAAACUUUUGGCAUUACUGAUAGUGGUUUUGGAGUGGAAAUUGUUAAUGAGUUUGAUUAUGAAGUGAAUGCCACUAAAGCUUUAGAUUUGUGCAUUGAUGUUCAGAAAAGUUUAUCAAUCUCAAAUCAAAUCAAUAUUUUUAGCCAAUUUGAAAGAGAAUUUCUAUACAUGGAUUCAGAAGAUAACUUGAAACAAAUAACAGUUCAGUUCAAAAUAUAUGGUGCCAAAGAGCUUCCAAAGGUCGAUCAAUUUGAUCAAUUCGCAUUUUGUGAGAACAACUUAACAUUCAAUCGAAUUUACAGAGAUAUAAUACAGAUUGCAGAAGAUCUAAACAUUCUCAAGACCUGUCACAUAACAACAGUUGACUUUGAUUAUGCAAACAAAUCCUAUCGAUUUCUAAACAUCUUAUCGAACCAAAUACUGCUUAGAUUUUCCCCAAAUUUUUCACCAAUCAAGAAAAUACUAAACACUCAAGACCGCUCCGGAUCCACAAUCAUGUCCGGUGUUCCUAAUUCAAAAAUCUUCACCCUCCUCAUCGAUUGCGGAGCCGACCUGUCCAUCGAAAACAACGACGGGGAGAGUGCCCUCUUUGCCUACACCCAGUGGCCCUGGUCAGAACUUGAACCAGUGUUCAAAUACUGCGUUGAAAGCGGCAUUUGCAACUCCAAAGGAACUCACCUGUUUCACGCCCAAAGCAACCGGAACAUCUCCGUGCUGGCCGUGGCCGCCUCCAACGGCGCUGCCGAGGCUGUCCAAUUUCUGGUCACCUACGGGGCAGAUCACACGGCCUACGACUGCGGAGGGAUGUUCCCCCUCUAUAUGGCAGUUCACAUGCAGCGGAUUAAUGUGGUGGAGGUUCUGCUGAACCACAGUCACGAAACCGUGAAUAAAAAGUGUCAAAAUAUUGAGCUGACGUCGAUUUUCCAAGCAGUUUGCAGGAAUAACGCAAUUUUGGUGAAGAUGCUUCUCGGCUGUGGGGCGGAUCUCAGCUUUGAGUACAAUGGACUGACCAUUUUUGGAGUUGCGAUCCAGCAUCAAGCCAAUCGAGCACUGAAGGUGCUUUUGGAAUAUGCCAAACGAAACAAAUUGGAGGUUGUUACCGAUUACAAAGAAAAUACCAGCCCCAUUCAGUUUGCUCUGCUGGCGGACGACGUGGAAAUGUUUGAAAUUGUUUUGGAGUCGGAAAGUGGAGGAUCGUUUGAAUGUUUAGACUCAGCAGCACUUGCAAAAAUGAAGAACUUAUUAAAUGAACCUCAAUCGGAUGGAUUUUCUCUGUACGCACUUGCAAAAUCUACAGGAAACCUUAAAAUUGUUGCCUUUAUGGAGAAAUGUGCUGAACUUGGGGAAAGAUUCUCUGGGGAAAAAAUAGAAUUGGAACAUCGAAUCAACUUUGCUUCUACCAUGAAAUGGUUCAACGAUUAUGUGUUAUCGGGCAGAAGUAGCAAUAGUUGAACAAAAUAGUUUAAUUUAAUCACAUAAGUUUUUUCAAUAUAUUUGAGGUUUCAUUAUACAUAUUAUUUAGGCCUGUUUGUACAAUACAGUAAUGCUACAGUAAAAUGU